UGGAUUGAGAGUGGACCUCAGGCUGCCCCAGCCUGGCGGGGCGGAGAGAUUUCGCUGUGUUGUUACCUUUGCACCUGUCCUUAUUUACAUGCAAAAUCAAUUGCUUCACUCGGUCUUUCCGAAGUACAGGGUGUGGGCAGAAUCUUAUCUGAAGCCAUGUCCUGUUUGGACAAGUUGGACUUGCCUUGGCCGCACUCCAUGGGGUGGAGCAGAUGGGUGGAGGCCGGAAAGUAAAACGGGGUGGCUUGUUCGCAGGGAGGGCGGAGUGUUUGCUCGCCUGCUCGGUCCAUUUCAUCCCAGGCAGAGUAACUCCCUGCCUGCUCUGCCCCUCACAAAAACACUGCCCAUGCCAAGCUAGCAACUCUAUGAGGGGCAAAGACCUGGCAAUAGUCGGUGGACUUUUUUCCUUUUCCGGUCGGCCACCAAGGAUUGAGACCAAGCACCAGAGCACCCUAGAAAGUCUCACAAAAAGAAUGCUCAUGUUUGACCCGGUCCCUGUCAAGCAAGAGGCCAUGGACCCUGUCUCGGUGUCCUACCCGUCUAAUUACAUGGAGUCGAUGAAGCCCAACAAGUAUGGGGUCAUUUACUCGACACCAUUGCCUGAUAAGUUCUUUCAGCCCCCAGAAGGCCUGUCACACGGGAUCCAGAUGGAGCCGGUGGACCUCACGGUGAACAAGCGGAGCUCGCCGCCUGCACCACCUGGGAGCUCUCCGUCCUCCCUCAAGUUCCCGUCCUCACACCGCAGAGCCUCACCCGGACUGAGCAUGCCCUCCUCCAGCCCACCCAUGAAAAAAUACUCGCCGCCUUCCCCCGGCGUGCAGCCCUUCGGUGUGCCGCUGUCCAUGCCGCCAGUGAUGGCGGCUGCCCUCUCCCGGCACGGGAUCCGGAGCCCAGGAAUCCUGCCCGUCAUCCAGCCUGUCGUGGUGCAGCCCGUCCCCUUCAUGUACACAAGUCACCUCCAGCAGCCGCUCAUGGUCUCCUUGUCAGAGGAGAUGGAAAACUCCAACAGUAGCAUGCAAGUACCUGUAAUUGAAUCAUAUGAGAAGCCCAUAUUACAGAAAAAAAUUAAAAUAGAACCCGGGAUCGAACCACAGAGGACAGAUUAUUAUCCUGAAGAAAUGUCACCCCCUUUAAUGAACUCAGUGUCCCCCCCGCAAGCCUUGUUGCAAGAGAAUCACCCUUCGGUCAUAGUGCAGCCUGGCAAGAGACCUUUACCUGUGGAAUCUCCAGACACACAGAGGAAGCGGAGGAUACACAGAUGUGAUUAUGACGGGUGCAACAAAGUGUACACAAAGAGCUCCCACUUGAAAGCCCACAGAAGGACACACACAGGAGAAAAGCCCUACAAAUGUACAUGGGAAGGGUGCACGUGGAAGUUUGCUCGGUCUGAUGAACUGACAAGACAUUUCCGCAAACACACUGGCAUCAAACCGUUCCAGUGUCCAGACUGUGACCGCAGCUUCUCCCGUUCUGACCACCUGGCCCUCCACAGGAAGCGCCACAUGCUGGUCUGAAGGCCUCUGCCUCCCACCACAGCCCCACGCCCACUCUCCUGGUUCUCUUCUGUCCUCCCGCCCAUCGUCUAACUCAUUUUUUACGUGUACAUUUUAAUUUGGAUUCAGCUGGCCUGAAUCUUUGAAUUUGUAUCAUUCAAAACUUCCGUACGGUCAGUAGUAGAUCCUCUCUAAUGCUCCCUUCUCCUUACCACGGGUCAGACCUAAAGAAUGUGAACACUUUUUUUUUCCUGGGGAUGCUAAGCAAACCCUUCUUACAGACACGUUUAAUGUCAUGAGAACAAGGGAACAUGUAAACUAGCACAUGCAGUUGUCAGUUUGUCCAUGUAUGCCUCAAAAGAAUAUCAAAGUAAACGUGUUAGAAACACAGUAUGCAGCCUGAUAAUCCUUGCCAGAGACUUCGCAGUCCUGCGCCCCUGUGUUCACACUGGAGGCCCCGGCCACACCAAGAGGGGCGAGCCCCUGCACCAAAUAGCUACAGUGCAGCACAGUGUCAGAACCAGUGGCAGUCAGCACUUCCUGUGUCCUUCCCACAAAUCCCACUGGUCGGCCUGGAGUGACUGCUGUACCCGAGCGAGUUCUUGGCCUGACUGUGCCUACAGCUCAGAUGGAGUCCUCUGCUACUGUGGGGAGAUGAGCCAGAGCUGCUGACUUAGGUGGCUGACACAGUAGCAGUUCAAGGGAUGGAUGCUGUGCUUCUGUAGUGUGGAGUGGCAGAAGGUGGGGCACGAAGGAGGCAGGCGACAGUUCCUCCCCCAGCAUUGGGGUUAUCAACCAGGUUUCCGCUCUUGCUGUGUGUGCUGCAGUCUGCGGCUUAGGUCCUUGCACCCUCAGGUCUGCAGAGGCGUGCAGCAAAGCUAGGCUGCAGAGGUGUUGUCCUUGAGGCUGUCUGUAUUCCUGCCAUGGCCUCAUGGAUCAGACAGCAUGGGUAACAGGGCCUCUGCAGAGGUACUUGUUCAGUAAUAGUGAAAAAACUUGGGGCUAAGCGAGUCUUUUCUCUCCCUCCGCUACCCCACCUGCCCAUAGCUGGUUUUCUGGGUUUGUUUUUCGGUUUUUGUUUUGUUAUAUUAUGUUUUGUUUUGUUUUGUUUUGUUUUCAAACAGGGGAAUGUUAAGUGGUACUUGUAGUCCCAUAUCAAAUUAAUCACCUAGUUUGGCUGCAGUAACUCUGCUCGGUGAGCUGUGAGGUGCCAAAUCGGCUGUCAGCUGUGGUUAUAACACACAUCCUAAGUAAGCAUCUGCUCACGCUCCAACGAUCCACUCCCUGAAGGCCUGAGUAUCUGUUUGCAAGUAGGAUUCAUUAUGAAGCACACACAUAUCUUUGUUUUUGAAAGAUAGAAAACCACAGUUCAUGGAUUUAUAUCUGUAGCUCAGAAAACUCACAACAAUUCCUUGGUGGAGCUAGCAAUUUCCUAUUAUCUAGUACACUAUCCAAAGAAUAAACUGAAAGAAAAAAUUAAUGACUCGUGUUUAUGUUAAGUGUGAAUAGCACCAUGAUUUGGGGAAAUUUUUCAAAAGCAGGCUUUUGAGCACCACAGUCUAAAUGCCAAUAAAACUAAUUCAUACAUCUAGAUGCCAUUGGUCCUAAAUUUGAAGAAAGUGGGCGAUGGUGGUCAUACGUGGGUGCACAUAACGGAAUGUCCCUUCAUCCUCCGUAAAGGAUGGAGGAGAAGAGAGAAGAAUGGAAUCCUGAAGACCCAUCCCAGCCAUUACUCAGGACCCAACACAGCCCUACGUGGGAGGAAUGCAUUGCUUCGGCUCAGACAUCCAUGAACGAGUGAUUGUGGAGGCGUGUGGCUUAGGAGGAGAGCUUACUUUGGCGCUGAGUUCAUGAACAUUAGUCCCCAAGAGGUCCUGUUCGUCCACCCUGGGAACCAGCUGAAAGGAAACAGUCGAGGGAGGCAAAGGCAAUUGUUAUCGUGGCACUUGGGUUUGAUAUUCUUUUUCUUUUUUUCAGCACUGCAAAAUUUGUUUAGAAUAUGAAAAUAUUGUAAUUGGACCUUUUUUUUUUUCCUUUUCUGCAAUUAUGACGUGAAUUGAGGAAUAAAAAUGGCUCUUGGAAAAGCAGGUAUUGUCUGUAUUGUAAAUGCUUAGUCACGUUCCUGCCAAAAUGUUCAUUUCCUGAAAUGGCUUUUCCACCACACAGUGGAGAAUCCAGCUGGACUGCAAAGAACUUGUCCGGGUAGAGAUGCCUAGUCUGUGUUCUAGCUUGGAAGGAAGUGGAGAGGGGAACAAGAAAGGUUGAUCUUUGAAUCUGCUUUGAGGCCAAGUCCAGUGAGUAGAAAGCUUCAUGCUUCUCAUGAGGUAUGAUGUGUCUGUUGUGUGCAUGCUCAGUAUAAAAUUUUGACCUUAAAUUUUUGCAAAAGAGCAAGCAAGACCCUGCAAAGACACUCUCACAAGCUUGCAUAUGUUAACAGUGUGUGAACACAGAUUUGUUUUAACUCUGAAAGGAAUGCAGUCCAGAGACAGUUCUCUGUCCCCAUGCUGGUCAACAAUGUUUUAGUGACCAAUUGGCCCUUAACAAAUUUUCCUUUUAUCUCUUUGUGUUUUUGCUGUAGUAGUGGAGAAAUUUAGUUUUGUAGUCACUUUUAGUUGUUUUGGAAGACCUCAACUACAAGAUGAGAUGCCCUUGUACAUGUGGUUUAAUGGUGUACCAUGUUCCUAUCAAUGGUGAUUUCUGUUGCAAUAUUUUAAAUGAUGAGGAUAGUGUGAACGAGUUGAUGUCACAUAAAUUCUAUUUGUUAGAGAGUUUUUGCAGUUAAGUAUGUUGAAGAAGUUGGAAACAAGUACGAAUUCAUCAGAUUGUAGUGUCUCAAAAUGUGAAGCAACAGCAUAAAUGGGCAUUAACCAUUCUAAAUCAUUUGGUUUGCAGAAUAUGUUAGCAGCAUAGCUACAUUGAGCUAAGGAGAUGUUAAAUACACAGAAGUUUCGAGAGCCUAGGAACAGAAUUAAAGGGGAACUAUAUAUAUGUGUGUAUAUUUUAUUAAACAUCCAUCUGCACUAUCAGUAUUGCACUAAUGUGGAAUUGGAAAGACUAUUACUGACACUGUAUAUCUGCACAUCAUUCCUGAGGUAGAUUGUUUGAAAGACAAUCUCAAAGAUCUAAGAGUUUGAAAGGAUUUGGCUUGAAAAUAUACAGUUGUCUUGAAGGAAUUGCUGUCAUACAUGAAGUUACUCAGUUUUUAUUUUCUUCUUGGUCAAGGUUAACAUUUUCUAAAUGAUUGCAAAUCCACUUAAUACAUUUGCAAAGCCAUUUUACAUGCAUUAAACAAGGGCUACAAAGAUAUGAUUUUACAGAUACUAGCACUUUUUUUUCCUAUGUUAUGUACUUAGUGUUAGAGGGUCAAAAUAAUCUUUCUGCUUAGCAUCUCUUAAACCAUACCUGCAAGUGUAGCAGGACUAUUACAUUUAUAGUACUUUAAUACUUGUAUAAACUAUGCAGAAAUUUUUAAUAAAGUGUAAUAUAUUUUAUAAGCUAAUAAGACUGAAUGGGUAAAGGUUUUUAGCAUGCGUUAGUAUACUUGCAGAUACUGAAACAUUUUGGUAAUCUUUCUUACUAAAGAUGUGAAUGUUUAAUGUACCUUCUCUGUUUCUACUCUGUAGUCCAAUGGGAAUUCAGUAAUGACAUUUUGUCAUGUCGAACUGUGAACAUAAAUUUGUACUGUACAGUCCUCAUAUACUAUAUACAGUAUGCAAUAUAUGUAUUAUAUACUUGUUAAUAAAACCAUCAGAAUAUUAA